GCUCCGGCUCAUCGAGCAAAGGACGAGGCCGAGGGGGCGGGCAGCGACGUGACGGACCUCCUCGACGAGAUGGAGAUCGCUCCCAAGGAUGCCGAGAUGGAGGCCAACCUCAUUACGAACGAGACGACCCGCAUCGAGCUGGAGAAUGCGAUGUUCCACAAGCCGGUGAUAAAGAACAAGCCGAAGCGGGAGAAGAGACAGCUCGACAAUACCCAGUAUCUUCAGGUGGAGAAGUCCAUCGAGAUGCGAGAGCGAGUUGAGCACGUCAAGCUGCCGAGCUGGCCUACACUGGAGAAGCUCGACGACAGGGUCCUCAUGAGUGUGAAGCAGAGCUCCUCCAAGGGUUUCGGAAACCUGGACAUUGGCGCGACCUCCAGCAUCAUGGGCAUAAAGGCCGCCGAGAACCUACGCGACAUCAUUUACGAGCAGACGGGCCAGAACAUCAAGAUGGACGUUAGCCAGAAGAGUACAUUUAUAUUUGGCGAUGGCAGCUCCAAGACCUGCACCGGCAAGGCUACCUUUCCCCUCAACAUUGCUGGUGUGGACGGCGAGCUCGAGAUUAACAUCCUCGACGCAGAUGCCCCGCUCUUGAUCGGAGUGGAUGGUGUGAGCCGCCUGGGAGCUGUGAUCGACUGCGAGGCACGUUCUGUUUACUUCAAGAAGCUCGGCCUCAAGCACCUCAUCGGCACUUACAAGCACGGGGACAUCAUCAUUACCUACGCCUACGGGGACACCAUCAUCCUUUACGCUUACAGGGAUAUCAUCAUUCCCUACGCCUACGGGGACAUCAUCAAUAAAAACGUCUGGGACAUUAUCUGUACCAGCCCCUACGGCCUCAGCUAUGACAUCAUCAAGAGCUCCGAUUUCGGCAACCAGAUUGCCUUCCAUAUUCGCAUGAGCCUCAACCGCGAGACGAAAUGCCGCAAAGCAGAGAGCCAGCAAGUGAAGCUGGAGAACGAGGAGAUGGACGGCCCCUGGGAGCAGGUGAACGUUCGAGUGCCUCUGGAGGACUCGGGAGCAUCAGCGACGGGCCGCUCACCGACGUCGACGAGGUCUACGCUACAACGGAUAUUGCCGCAGGGGCGACUGAUCGCUCACCAGGACACGAAGGGCAACAUCUUCUACGCGGUCGAGAGCUCGGAGCUGGACCACAGCAAGAAGCGGAUGACGGACAUCUUCCUGCUGGAGCAUCUGCCGAAUUGGGAGAUGUGGUCCAGCGAGCUCCUCCGGCAGUGGACACAGUGCCGCCGCUGGGGGCGGGUCAUCCAGAAGGCCUUUCUCAAGACGAUCGACCACGUGAACCGGAAGCUGGACAGUCUCGGCCUACCUGUGCAGCUGCUACCAGAGAAGUACCCGACUUGGCCGACGGACCUCGAGCACCGUGCGAAGAUCGAGCAGUGUCCGCCGAGCUCGAAGGCAAAGCAACGUCCCCAGAAGUCGACAGCCGCGGCCGCGCGCGAGCAGAAUCAAGAGCUGCGGGCCACCAUCGAGACCGCAAAGUCCAAUUUCUUGACCAAGUUUGCGGAUGUGAGUGCGUUGGCAGCGCUGAGCUCAGAGCAGAUCCACGAGCAGCUCAGCAUGGUCACGCUGGGCAACCACCUCAGGCCCCUGUGCAAGAUGUGGGGAUUGACCAAGUCGGGCAAGAAGGAGGAAGUGGUCGACAAGAUCAUAGCGUACAUCAUCGAGCAGCGCGGCUCGGCAGCAGCGACGAUAAAGAUCAAGACGGAGACCGAGACGAAGAAGGCGGAGAAGGCGCCUACGACCAUAGACCCGGCGACUCCAGCUCACUACACGCAGAUGCGCCAGCACCCGGACUGCAAGCUAUACCGAGGCAUCGCGAAGAACGAGACGAUCGUGAAGGUGAAGCCCUACGGGAAGCGCCUCAAGAGCCAGCGGAUCUUCGAGAACAACAAGAGGCUCAUAGAGCACCAGGUGCUCAACCUGAACGGCUCGGCCCUCGCCGAGCAGCCACGCAACAGUCGGUCGUGGCAAAAGACCUGCUGGAAGAACCUCCACAAGAUACUCCCCUACGAGGUGAUCGUGGACGGCUGCGCCUGCGGACUGAGAGCUCCCGACACAGGCGAGCUCAUGAAGAAGCGCUGGAAGUUUCUCACUAACGACAAGAGGAUCUGGGUGGCCCUAAAGCCGCUACAAUGCCGUGGAAGACACUACCACGAGGAGAUUGAGAGCAGCCUGAAGACUGAGGCUUCGGGCUACUACCCCAAGAUGCUGUGCCGCCGGAUCCUCCGGGCUCUGACCAAGAGCCAGAACCAGAACUACUUCGAGGACGAGGUUGCGAAGUGCCUCUGCAUGGCAGCUACCCAGCAGCCACCGACGGAGCCUACGCUUGUGGAGGAUGAGCCGUCGAUUCCACCUCAAGACGGCAAGGAGACUCACGACCUCACCAAAGAGACGAUCAAGAAGAUAGAGAGCUACAUCAGGCUGGUGCACACCAACCUUGCCUCAUCAGCAGAGCAGCCACAUAAUGGUCAUGAGGUUCUCUUCGACGCCUUCUCAUGGAUCCGUCGCAGCAAGAAGACGAACGUGAUGGCGCUGGCGAUCCUCGACGCCGGCUCAGACAUCCUCUACGUGCGACUGAUCGACGAGAAGGAGAUCCCGGGUACGACUCGACAAGUUCGUGCCGGCGACCUUCGACAUAUUUUUGCGACAAAAUGGUUUCCUUGGAUGGGGCGCCCGAAGGUCAUGCGCUACGAUCCCGCUGGCAGCGCCAUCUCCAACGAGUUCCACGAGUGGAUCGAGAGCCAGGGAGUCUACUGUCUUCCUUGCGCGGCCGAUGCCCACCGGCAGAUCGGCAAGAUUGAGCGCGCGAUCGAAGCUUUCAAGGAGGUCCUAGAGGCUUUCGACGAGAUGGUCUCAGCUGAAGUGCCUACCAGCGAGAUGAUUGGACUCCAGACAGCUGCCAGGAACGACCUGAUCAGGAUUGAUGGAUUCAGCCCACUGCAGCGCUAUGCCGGACGGACCCCGACGGGGACCACGGUUAACUUGUCCGACGAACCGAACAACCUGCCCCUCAUCAGCACCGAGCUGCAGGAUGGCACCUUCAGCAGGGACGCCCAAGUUCGACGCCUGGCGCGGCUGGCUCACAUCCAGACCGAGAACUCCGACCGAGUCAAACGGGCGGAAGCCGCGCGCUUCAGGUCCUUCAAAAGGUACGAGACGGGCGACCUGGUCUUCGUCUACAGGAGGCUCCCACCAGGAGCCUGGAUCAAGAAGGGCCAACCUCGCUCCAUGCCUGGGCGAGGCCGCUGGUACGGACCUGGACGAGUACUCUGCCACGAGCCAUCGAGCUCGGGACAUCGACCUGGUCUACCUGGGACAGUGGUCAACAUCACACUGGCUGGACGCUUCUAUCGAGUUGCCCCAGAACAGCUUCGACCUGCUACGCCCUCCGAGGAGGCGAUGGACUCUCUACGCUCGCGUCGCGAGCAGCCGGGGACAUGGGCCUUCGGCGACGUCCAGAAGCUGCUCGACCAGAACGAGGUGAUCGACCUUUCGAAAGAGUCCCCGCCUACUGGCGAGGACCUGGCCGCUGACGACGGCGAGUCUGUCAGCGCUCGCACCUUCGAGGGCAACGCGAGCGGACCCUGGGCCAUUCCUGAAGACGAGGACUGGAAGAGCGACCUCUUCCUGGACCGCGACCUCCAAGGCGACUACGGAAGAAGGGCAAUCCCUGGGCCGAGGCGGCCGAGGUCCAAGACCCUCUCAUACAGCCAGUACAGCCAGAAGCACCGCCAGGCAUUCCACAAGAGGAAGGCCACGAAGCUGCAACCCAUUGCGGUGGACACGGACGACGACCUCGACGAAACGACGGCGCCUGACAUGAACGACAAGCGCCGGCUGCGGUCGCCUGGCUCGACCGAGCCACCUGCUAAGAAGCAGCGGAUCAACGUCGCGACCCAGGAGGCCUUCCCCUACUACCUGCAGGAAGGCAACUUCUACGGGGACUACGCCUAUAGCGUCCAGCAGUACGACGAGACGAAGGAGGAUGACGAGCUCAUCGUGCUGGACAUCCCCGUCAGCAACGAGCACGCGCUCAUGGCCUACAUGGACAACCCUAGAAAUUUCGUGGCAUCACAGGCCCGGAAGGGCCGAGUGGAGGUUUCUUUCAAGACGGCGACGCCUGAGGAAAAGAAGCUGCUACUUGAGGCCCAGCAGAAGGAGUGCACCUCGGUCCUCAGCACGAAGGCUGUCAGGAUCCUCAGCCGCAAGGGGAUCGACCCGGCGCGCCUACUGCGCUGCCGUUUCGUGCUGACCUGGAAGAAGGACGAGCAGGGCAACGUGCUCCGAGGCAAGGCCAGAUUGGUCGUGCUUGGCUUCAGCGACCCCGGCGAGACUGACGAGGAGAAGAGGAAGAUCUACGCCGACCCGCCGAAAGAUGUUCGUCAGGCAUUCGGCAUGAAAGAUGACGAUGUACUACAGUUCCUCAAGCCUAUGUAUGGGUUUGUACAUGCUCCUCGCAAGUGGUGGCUCCAUUUCAAGGACAGGCUCAGAACGCUGAAGCUGGAGAUCGUGCAGUGCGAACCUUGCGUCUGGGUCAUCCGAGACGGCAACAAGAUGGUUGGCAUGGUCAUCCUACACGUCGACGAUAUGAUGAUUGCCGGCGAUCGCAACAACUCGGCCUUUCUCAAGAAGCGUCAGGAGAUUCACCAAGCGUUCGAAUGGACACCCUGGGAGAGCCGAGCGUUCGUGCAGUGUGGCAUCAGCAUUCGACAGAACGAGGAUUAUACCUGCAGCCUCGCACAGGACAGCUACAGCCUGAACGUGGAGCCCAUCAAGAUACGACGUGGGAGGAAACCCACAGAAGGAGUUUCAGACAAGGAGAGAUCAGACCUACGAGGCCGACUUGGUACAGUCGGAUGGCGAGCUCAGCAGUCGGCCCCGUGGCUCAGCGCAGAAGUCUCUCUACUUCAAGCGGAGAUACCUACGGCCACGGUCUCAACCAUCCAGAAGAUCAACAAACUUAUCCGCACCAUGAAUGACACCGCCGACGUAGUCAUGCUCAUCCCGGCCAUUGAGCAGAUUGCCGUGGAUGGCUGCGGCGAUGCAGCAUGGGCCGCCCGUAUCACUGGCGAGUCCCAAGGCGGAGAAAUCGUUGUACUGGCCCCCCUGUCCUUCCUGAGUGGCUCGACAGAGACGGUUGCGCCUAUCUCUUGGAGAUCAUGCAAGCUACCCAGAGUGGCCAGAAGCAGUACGAGUGCGGAGGUCCAGAUGAUGACGGAGACCUUGGACGAGAUCAGUUACGUGCGACUGUUCAUCUACGAGCUGGAGUGCGGUCAAGUGGACUACACCAACAAGCAGCACGUGAACGACGCCAUCUCAUCCUGCCCUGGCGUACUUGUCACAAACGGUAAGUCGGGCUACGACGCGAUCGAGAAGAGUGAGUCAGCUGGUCUCGGACUACGUGACAAGCGGACGAGCAUCGAGUGCUUGGGCAUUCGACAGCAGAAGGAGCAGACGGCCCUCCAGAUACGCUGGGUACACAGCGACGCCAUGUUAGCCGACGGAUUGACCAAGGAUCGUGCCGCCAAGGUCUUGCUGGAGUUCUUCAGAUCAGGCCAACGCUGGAGACUCGUGGACGACCCACUUCACCGCAGUGCCCGGAAGCGCAAGACCGAGGGCCUGGACAAGCUCGACCAUGGCAAGCCGAUCUCAGACGACGACGAGGCUGCUAUGCUGGAGGCCCUGAUCUACUACGCCCGCGACAACCCCGACGAGCAGGAGAGCCCUGCUGGAGAUGCUGCCCUGUGGGGCAUGAUUAAGCCGCUCACGCGCUUUGUGCUUUCUGUGAAUUCAGUUGCCAGAGGCAG